GCUCUCUGUACCACGUGACUAACAUGUCCUCACAGGUCCUCUAUCUGCGUGAGACUCAGCUGGCGCCCUGGUAGGCGGUCACGCUCAAUGCUUUCACCUGAGGUGAGAGAGGCUGAGGAUGCACGAGCUCCCUCUGACUGUGCCCCCGGAGCGGGGUGGCACUGCCCUCUUCCGCCUGCGCUUCACCACCUUUGCAGUGUGCACCGUCUGCUGUCCUCUCUUUGGUUUCCUCUUCUGCGUCAUGUGGUCUCUUCUCUUCAGCUUCAGCGAGACCACAGCCACACAUUGCGGGGUACCUAAUUACUUGCCCUCUCUCAGCGCCGCCAUUGGAGGAGAGACCCCACAGAGGUACAUCUGGCGAUUCUGCAUUGGCCUCCACUCUGCGCCACGUUUCCUUGUGGCAGUUGCAUACCUGAACCAUUACUUGUGCACCCACAGCUCACAUCCGAUAUAUCGCCGGCGUUGUUACCUAAACUUUUGUUUCAAUGUGUUUGAGAUCCUGUCUCUGCUGCUGUUAACCUAUGUCUCAUCUUCAGAGAACUAUGAUAUCCAUAAGAUUGGUUUUAUUUUCUUCAUGAUCUUCUCGCUAACUCACAUGCUACUGACCUGCAUCAUCUGGAGCAUGACGAAAAAAUACUCAGUAAGUUCUGAGGAGAGGAGAUCGUACAGCUACAAGAAGUUCCUGUUCAUCUUUAACCUGUCGAUGUUCCUGUUGUCUCUCGUAUUUUAUAUCCGGCAUAAUGAGCACUGCGAGCCAGGAGUGUACACAAUCUUUGCUUUCCUAGAGUAUCUUGUUGUUCUCUCAAACAUGGCAUUCCACAUGACGGCCUGGUGGGACUUCGGCAGUAAAGAACUGCUAAUCGGUUCCUCGGAGGCGGAUAAGCGAUACUGAGGAGGGGACUCUAAUACCACUGCUCCUCAAUGACUUCUGAGAGGACGUUUCCUGGACUGACGCAGUUGCCUGAGCUGGUGGAAAAACAAUAUCAAAUCUAAUAUCAUCCCAUGGAUGGACCCAAACUGUGCUAUAACGUGACAUGUCAGUCUUUUUAGCCUCAUCACAAUGAGUUGGUGUUAAAUCUAGCACUGUUGCUGAGCGUGUGAGGUGAGCUCAGUAUACAGAAGUGCGGUAAUGCCUAGGGCAGCGUGUGCUUGAAGAGAGGGAGCGGGUCUGGUGAGCAGGACUGUGCAAAUAUCUUCUCUACUAUCUGAGUUUUUACACAAACACCAGAGCAACACACGAGGACCAAAAUGUGCUCAGCAGCAGUCACUGGGGGUUACAUUUGUGUGUGUAUAUGUGUGUCUGUGUAUAUUUUUAUACUGUGUGUGUAUGAGUAUGUGUGUGUGUGUGAUUAUAUGUGUAUUUGUGUGUGUAUGUCUAUGUAUGUGUAUAUGUCUAUGUGUGUGUGUGUGUGAGUAUAUUUGUGUGUGUGUGUGUGAGUAUAUGUGUAUUUGUGUGUGUGUGUAUUUGUGUGUGUAUUUGUGUGUGUGUGAGUAUAUGUGUGUAUAUGUGUAUUUGUGUGUGUAUGUACGUGUGUGAGUAUAUGUGUGUAUAUGUGUAUUUGUAUGUGUGUGUGUAUGUCUAUGUGUGUGUAUGUCUAUGUGUGUGUAUAUAUGUCUGUGUAGUUUUUUUUUUUAGGUGAUGACAAUCGUGUUGAUCAAAUUCUGUCAUGUUCAGCCACAGUUAAUAUUCCUUUUAUAGAAGACAAACCAAGGUCUAGGUUUUACAAAGCAUUGUGUCCGUAGGCACGGUUUGAGCUAAAAAUCAGACACUACUAAAAAAUGAUUUAUUGCUCAAACUGAGGUUUUAUAAGUUAUUUUUUUAAUUUCAGAUUUAUAUAAAACUUUUUAACGAUGCAGAUUUGCAAGGGUGUGAUUUUCUCUGUUUUUCUAUUCGUCAUUUGCAUUUGUUAGAUUACAGGCCCAGUGCUAAGACUGAUCUGUCGCUCUUUGGCUGGGCCCACUUACAGCUGAGUGUUAAAAGGACUCUAAACUUCUAGCUAACAACAAGACUUAACGUAGUCUUGCAAUAGAUGAAUGUAAUGGUGACGUGUGAAAACUUUUUGAAUCCAUUAAAACUUUUUGCUGCA